AUGAAGUCGGAGCAAGAAGGGUCGGUUGAAAGCGGCAGUGGCCCCGAGCUGCUAGACGGGCUUGUCUCGCUCGACAAGGACUCACAACUUCAACGUGGGUUGAAAAGUAGACACAUUCAGUUUUUGGCACUGGGUGGCGCCAUCGGAACAGGCCUUUUUGUUGGCUCUGGUGGAAUUCUCGCGCUUGUCGGUCCACUGCCAUUAUGGCUGGGUUACCUGUCACAGAUGUUUGUUGUGUGGUGUGUGAUGAACGCCAUUGCUGAGAUGACUACCUAUCUUCCGAUGAGAGGAAUCACGCUACCAUAUUUCACGAACCGGUAUGUCGAUAGCAGUUUGGCUUUUGCGGCCGGCUGGAACUAUUGGUAUGCGUAUGCCAUUCUGGUGGCAGCGGAAGCUUCAGCGGGAGCUAUCCUGCUGGAUUACUGGGACACUCCCGUUCAUGCUGCUGUUUGGAUCACGAUCAUCUUGAUUGUCUGCCUGGCUCUCAACAUCAUUGCCGUUGAGGUGUUUGGCGAGGCCGAGUUUUGGUUUGCCAGCAUCAAGCUGAUCACCAUCCUGGGUUUGAUCAUUACGGGAAUUGUCAUCAUGGCCGGCGGAGCGCCCAACAGGGAAGCGAUUGGGUUCGGGACUUGGAAUGAUCCUGGUGCCAUCAAACCAUAUGUGGCAACGGGAAGUUGGGGCAACUUUUUGGCAUACUGGACGGCAUUUGUCAGAGCUGGGUUCAGUUUCAUCACCUCUCCUGAGCUUAUCGGUCUCGCGGCUGGUGAAACUGUUGCUCCUCGGCGGAACAUUCCCAAGGCUGCUCGCCGCUUCUUGUACCGUCUGGCUAUCUUCUACGGUGUCAGCAGUUUGAUUCUCGGCUGUCUCGUCCGAUCCGAUCACCCGCGCCUUUUGUCCCCUGAGUCGAACGCCAACGCCUCUCCCUGGGUCAUCGGUAUUCAGGAAGCAGGCAUUGGUGGCCUUAACCACGUCAUCAAUGCCGCCAUUCUCACCUCUGCAUGGUCAGCCGGUAAUGCCUUUCUUUACUCUGGAUCACGUAUCCUGUACUCCUUGGCGGCAACCGGCCAAGCACCACAUAUUUUCACCAGGACUACACGCAGAGGUGUUCCUUACGCCGCCGUCCUUGGGACGUGGUCGCUCGGGCUUCUGGCCUACCUCAACGUUUCCGAAAACGGCGCCACAGUAUUCACCUGGUUCAUGAACAUCUCCACCAUCUCAGGUUUCAUCGCUUGGAUCGUGGUUCUCAUCACCUAUCUCCGCUUCCGCUCGGCUCUGAAAUUCCAGGGUCUACUAGACACACUGCCAUUUAAAACGAUCGGGCAGCCAUACCUCUCUUGGUUUGUGCUGGUUCUCAUCUCGCUUCUUACCCUCACCAACGGAUUUCAAGUGUUUGCCAUCAAGGCGGCCGACGGGGGGUUCGACUACAGGAACUUUUUGGCGGCAUACAUCACUAUUCCGGCAUUUUUGUUGUUAUAUGUGGGACACAAGAUUGUGUACAGGACGCCCUUGGCGAAGCCAUUGGCUGAUAUCGAUGUGGUGACGGGCAAGAAGGAAAUGGACGAAUGGUGUGAGGGCGAUGUUAAGCCUGUGCCGAAGAACUGGUUGCAAAGGGUUUGGUUCUGGAUUGCGUAG